CCCCGGAAGGGGCGGGCCCGCCGGGAGCCAGGCCGUGCGGUGCCGCACCGCGCCGGCCGGGAGGGGGCCGGAUCCCGGACCAUGGCGGCGGCUGCGGCGGCGGGCCCGGAGGGGCGGCACGCGGCCCGGGAGGCGGCGGCGGCGGCAGCAGCACCCGAGCGGGGCGGCGGGAGUUGCGUACUGUGCUGCGGGGACCUGGAGGCCACGGCGCUGGGCCGCUGCGACCACCCGGUGUGCUACCGCUGCUCCACCAAGAUGCGGGUGCUGUGCGAGCAGCGGUACUGCGCUGUGUGUCGCGAGGAGCUGCGCCAGGUGGUCUUCGGGAAGACGCUCCCUGCCUUUGCCACCAUCCCUCUGCACCAGCUGCAGCACGAGAAGAAGUAUGACAUCUACUUCAUGGACGGGAGGGUGUUUGCCCUCUACAGGCAGCUGCUGCAGCACAAGUGCCCCCGCUGUCCCGAGCGGCCGCCCUUCAGCCUCUUCGGGGACCUGGAGCAGCACAUGCGGAAGCAGCACGAGCUGUUCUGCUGCAAGCUCUGCCUCAGGCACCUGCAGAUCUUCACGCACGAGCGGAAGUGGUACUCGCGCAAGGACCUGGCUCGGCACCGCAUGCAGGGGGACCCCGACGACACCUCGCACCGCGGACACCCCCUCUGCAAGUUCUGUGACGAGCGCUACCUGGACAACGACGAGCUCCUCAAGCACCUGCGUCGUGACCACUACUUCUGCCACUUCUGCGACGCGGACGGGGCCCAGGACUACUACAGUGACUACGCAUACCUGCGUGAGCACUUCCGCGAGAAGCACUUCCUGUGCGAGGAGGGCCGCUGCAGCACCGAGCAGUUCACGCACGCCUUCCGCACGGAGAUCGACCUGAAGGCCCACAGGACGGCCUGCCACAGCCGCAGCCGCGCCGAGGCCCGCCAGAACCGCCAGAUCGACCUGCAGUUCAGCUACGUGCCCAGGCACUCGCGCCGGAACGAGGGGGUCAUUGGCGGUGAGGACUACGAGGAGCUGGACAGGUACAACCGCCAGGGCCGCACGGGCCGGGCCAGCGGCCGCGGAGCCCAGCAGAGCCGCCGAGGAAGCUGGAGGUACAAGAGGGAAGAAGAGGACCGAGAAGUGGCAGCAGCCAUCCGGGCCUCAGUGGCCGCCCAGCAGCAGCAGCAGCAGCAGCAGGAGACACACAGGACUGAGGACCGGGAAGAGGGCAGCAGGCCCAAGAAGGAGGAGGCGGGGCUGCGGGGUCCCGAGGAGGCCUGUGGUCCCCGGCGCCCGGCCCGGACCCCGGGCGAGGGCCCAGGUGAGCAGCUCCCCUGCAGGCAGGCCCACCCUGGCCCGACAGGCAGGACGCAGGCUCCUGACAACAAGGCCGGUCCCAAGGAAGCCUCCGCCAAUGGUCCUGUGAACCAGGACACCUUCUCCACCACUGGCCCGGCUGCAGGAGCCACACUCCCAAACGCUCUCCCGCCCCCCACUUCGAAGCUCAAGGAUGAAGACUUCCCCAGUCUCUGUGCCUCCGCCUUGUCCUCGAGCUCCGCAGCAGCGGCCCCAGGCCCUGUGGGGCUGGCGCUGGCUUACUCUGUGUCUGCCAGGGGCAGGACCACCUUCCAGGAGGAAGACUUCCCUGCCCUGGUGCCCUCUGCCUCCAAGCCCAGCAGUGCCCCCACCAGCCUCAUCUCUGCCUGGAACAGCGGGGCCAGCAAGAAGGUGGCGCAUCCUGCCCCGGGCUCCCAGUCCACCAGCGGGGGGAGCCAGCCCCCCAGGAAGUCUGGCAAGGGGGGAAAGGGGGGCAAAAAGGGCGGGCCAUCGCCUGCGGAGGAGGCGGAGGAGGAUGGCCGGGCGGGCCUCACAGCCCAGGAGCUGCGGAGCGUGCCCACGACAGUCGCUGUCUCCUCCCUGCUGGCCGGGGCUGCCACCCAGACCUUCACCAGGGCCGGCAAGAAGAAGAAGGUGGGCUCCGAGAAGUCGGGUGCUGCGUCGCCCCCGCCCCCUGACAGAGAGGGGCCCCCUGGGGCCGAGCUGGCCCCCACGGCGCCCCCGGGCAGAGCUGAGGGGCCCGCCGCCGUCAUCGUCAAUGGACACUCAGAGGGGCCGGCCCCAGCUCGGAGCACCCCCAAGGAGCCCCCUGGGCUCCCAAGGCCCCUGGGGCCACCCCCCUGCCCCACGCCCCAGGAAGACUUCCCGGCGCUCUGUGGCCCUUGCCCACCCAGGAUGCCCCCACCCCCAGGCUUCAAUACCGUGGUGCUCCUGAAGGGCACUCCGCCUCCGCCGGGCCUGGCGCCCCCUGUCAGCAAGCCACCCCCCGGCUUCUGCAGCCUUCCGUCUAGCCCCAACCCGGCCUGUGUCCCCAGCACUACGACCACCACGAAAGCACCCAGGCCGACACCAGUGCCCCGGGCCUACCUGGUCCCCGAGAACUUCCGGGAGAGGAACCUGCAGCUCAUCCAGUCCAUCAGGGACUUCCUACAGUGCGACGAGGCCCGCUUCAGCAAAUUCAAGAGCUACUCGGGGGAGUUCAGACAGGGCGUGAUCUCCGCAGCCCAGUAUUACAAGAGCUGCCGGGACCUGCUGGGGGAGAACUUCGAGAAGAUCUUCAAUGAGCUACUGGUGCUGCUGCCCGACACGGCCAAGCAGCAGGAGCUGCUGUUGGCGCACACGGACUUCCGGGGCCGCGAGAAGCCUCCCGGCACAAAGGCCAAGAAGAAUAGGAAGAGCGCGUGGCAGGCCAGCACCCAGCAGGUGGGCCUGGACUGCUGUGUGUGCCCCACUUGCCAGCAGGUGCUGGCGCACGGCGAUGUGGGCAGCCACCAGGCACUGCACGCCGCCCGGGACGAUGACUUCCCCUCCCUGCAGGCCCUCGCCAGGAUCCUCACGUAGCUCUGAUGUAGCUCCCGCCAGCGCAGGCAGGAGCCACCGCCCCCACGAGCCUUCCUUCUCCCUGUCCCCACCCCCAGGCAGCCAGUGAGGCCACCUGCUCAGGCCCCUCAGCUGGCUGGCUCUCCGGGGAUCACCGGGAAGGCCCUCUGCAACCUGCCGGCACACCCUCGUGGGCGAUCCCUCUGGAUUCCUCCUGGAAACUAGAGACACCCCUGCCGCAGCAGCAGGCUGCUCUGGGUUUACGUUCUCAUGCCUCCGGAGGGCGCCGGGGAGGGAAGGGCCAGGUGCCGGGACCUGUGUGUGCUGUCAGGGCUGGUGGCCACGGUGGCCCCUUCCCAGAGCCCCUGAGCCCAAAGGCUGCAGCACCACGGUCCCUGAGCCAGGGUCCAUGGGUGCUGGAGUCAGAUGUUGAGUGCGAUGUGUAAACAGUUGGCUGUUUCGUGACUAAAGAACGUUCAGGAUUAAAAGACACAAAAUUGUGCUACUUGAA